AUGAUCAUCUUGGAGCAGAACAACAGAAUCAUCAUCGAGCUUCUCGAGCAGAAGUUCGCAAAUGCGAAAGAAGGUGCGAAACCAGAAUCAGUCAACGUCACAUUCGCCGAUUUCGACGGUGUUCUGUAUAAAAUGUCGAAUCCGGAUGGUGUGAAGACAAGAAUCAUUUUACUUCGAAAAAUCUACGGCGGACACAUGCGCGCGACACCCGAAUCUGGAUUCAAUGUUACGCUGGAAUACGAUUUGAGUGCUCUGCCUGACAAUACGUCAGAAUUGGAGGCUGGACAAGAAGGACACAAAAGGGCUGUGAUAAACUAUCGAGAGGAUGAGACAAUGUAUAUUGAAGCGAAGGCGGAUCGUGUCACCGUUAUCUUCAGUACAGUUUUCAAAGACGCCAAAUUUUCAAAAACGUUGUGA